UGGCGACAGGCGGGGCGAGCGCCGAGGGGCCCGGGCGGCCUGGGCCGCUGCAGGACGAGACCCUGGGCGUGGCGUCUGUGCCCUCGCAGUGGAGGGGCGUCCAGGGCAUCCGCCGGGAGACGACCGAACCCUUGCGGUAUUCCGAGCAUGAGAAGAGAUGAAGAGGCUAAGACGACACCAAGAUUAACUGUAGCUCCAAGGUGGUCUAGCACCUCGGCGGCUCCCAGCUUCUAUGGAAAUGUCUGCUGUUGCCCUCCGCACGUGGCUGGCUCCCGGCUUUCGUCAUCCCUCGAAUAGCUGUUUGUGGCUCUGAUACGGUCAAGAGACGAGUUCAUCUGAACAGGAGGUUGCGCCUUAAUGUCGGUUCCAGGCUCAGUUACUCCACGCUCGUGGAGGUGUCCUGGGACUGUUGUCCAUGCUGCAUCAUGAAGCCCACUCAGCUCAACUUUGCACCCAAGACAUUCCCGCCGCACCUUGUCUGCUCAUUAGUGGUGAAUUGCGCCUCACACCUGGGUCAAAUCGAGAAAAGUUGCCAGACAGCAAGCAUUGCCACCGCUGAGAAGGCUGCCCAGACCCGGAAGCAUGUGGAUGCCGAGGUGCAGACGGAGGCCCCAGUGCCGGUCAGCGCGCCGUCCGUGUCCUCACACGAUGACCCCCGGCUCGCAGCCUUUCUUCGGAGGGUGGAGGCCAUGGUUAUUCGAGAGCUGAACAAGAACUGGCAGAGUCACGCUUUUGAUGGCUUCGAGGUGAACUGGACCGAGCAGCAGCCGACGGUGACCUGUCUGCACACCCUGGGCUACCCCCCAGCCCAAGGGCAGGGUCUGCAUGUGACCAGUGUCUCCUGGAACACCACUGGGUCUGUGGUGGCCUGUGCCUAUGGCCGGCUGGACGACGGGGACUGGAGCACACUCAAGUCCUUCGUGUGUGCCUGGAACCUGGACAGGCGAGGCUUGAAGCCCUGGCAGCCGUCGGCGGUGGUGGAGGUGCCCAGCGCCGUCAUGAGCCUGGCUUUCCAUCCCACGCAGCCGUCCCACGUUGCAGGUGGGCUGUACAGUGGCGAGGUGCUCGUGUGGGACAUGAGCCAUCCCGAGGACCCGCUGCUCUGGCGAACGGGCCUGACAGACGACACACACACAGACCCCGUGUACCAGGUGGUUUGGCUGCCCGAGCCCAGGCACGGCCACCGAUUCCAGGUGCUGAGCGUGGCCACGGACGGGAGGGUGCUGCUCUGGCAGGGCGUCGGCGCGGGCCGGCUGCAGCUGACGGAGGGCUUCGCCCUGGUCGUGCAGCAGCUCCCGAGGAACAGCAAGCUGAAGAAGCCUCCCCGGGGAGAGACCGCGGUGGGUGCCACGGCGGUGGCCUUCUCCAGCUUUGACCCCAGCCUUUUUGUUCUGGGCACGGAAGGCGGCUUCCCACUCCAGUGCUCGCUGGCAGCGGAAGAGGCCGCCCUCACCCGGACGCCUAGCUCUGUGCCCCUGCGGGCCCCAGCACAGCUGACCUUCUCUCCCCACGGCGGCCCCAUCUACUCCGUGAGCUGUUCCCCCUUCCACAGGCAUCUCUUCCUGAGCGCGGGGACCGACGGCCACAUCCACCUGUACUCCCUGUUGCAGGCCCAGCCCCUGGCCUCCCUGCGGCUGUCCCACAAGUACCUGUUUGCUGUGCGCUGGUCCCCAGUGCGCCCCUCGGUGUUUGCAGCCGCUUCAGGGGAAGGUGACGUGCAGCUGUUUGAUCUCCAGAAAAGCUCCCAGAAACCCACAGUUUCAAUCAAGCAGACCCAGGAUGCAAGCCCGGUCUACUGUCUGGAAUUUAAUCGGCAGCAAACUCAGCUCCUGGCUGCUGGUGACGCCAAGGGCACAGUAAAGGUGUGGCAGCUGAGCACCGAGUUCACGGAACAAGGGCCCCGGGAGUCCGAGGACUUGGCACGGCUGGCAGCCGAGGUGGCCACCUGAGGACAGGGAAGCGCCAGCGGGGCUCUGUGGGUGGGGGCGGAAUGUCCCCAAGUCUGGGGCAGGCGGGGUGAGGCCACACCUGUGCCGAGCUGUGGCUCUCUCAUGGAAGCUGAAUGAACGCAACACAAGCCUCUGG